GAAGCAAAGCUUGUGAAAGAACAUCUUUUGUAUUUUUGCGUAAGGAGCUUCCUGUUCGCUUAGCCAACAUAAUGAAAGAAAUCCAUCUACUUCCAGAACGUUUACUUCGAAUGCCAUCUGUAGCUUUAGUGCAAAGCUGGUAUGAAAGAAGUUUUGAAGAAAUCUUAGUCUAUGAAACUUCAGAAUCUAAUAAGAAGACUUUAGAAAGUUUCUGUGAUCGCCUUUUGAAAAUUCACAACCGCCACAAUGAUGUUGUUCCAACUAUGGCUCAGGGUGUGAUUGAGCUGAAAGAGGUAUGCCCACUGGAUCAACAAACUGAGCACAGCAUACAGUAUUUCUUAGAUCGAUUCUAUAUGAGCCGCAUCUCCAUACGCAUGUUGAUUAAUCAACAUACAUCUCUGUUUGGCACUAAUUUAAAUGGCCAUCCUCGUCAUAUUGGCUGCAUUGAUCCUAACUGUAAUGUUACAUCUGUCUUAAGAGAUGCUUAUGAAAAUGCCCAGUUCCUUUGUGACCAGUAUUAUAUGGCUUCUCCUAGCCUUGAAAUUGAAGAAAUUUGUGCUGUUGAUCCUGGCGUGCCUAUAUCAGUUGUAUAUGUACCAUCACAUUUAUAUCAUAUGUUGUUUGAACUUUUUAAGAAUGCUAUGCGUGCUGUUGUUGAAUAUCAUGGGAGUGAUGCAGACAAGUUGCCUCCCAUUAAAGUGCUUGUAUCUCUUGGUAAAGAAGAUCUCACUAUCAAAAUGUCUGACAGGGGAGGUGGGAUUCCUCGUUCCCUCACAGAAACCCUCUUUCAUUACAUGUAUUCUACUGCUCCUAAACCUUCAUCAUCUGUAGAAUCUACACCUUUGGCUGGCUAUGGUUAUGGACUUCCUUUAUCAAGACUCUAUGCUAGGUACUUUCAAGGAGAUCUUAUAAUCACAUCAGCAGAAGGUUAUGGUACAGAUGCCAUAAUAUAUUUAAAAGCUUUAUCAGAUGAAGCGAAUGAGCUGUUACCAGUGUUCAACAAAACAUCCUCCAAGCAUUACAGGGCUUCUGUGGGAACCCAUGAUUGGAGCACAUCACUUCACCCAGUGAACCAGACCAUGGGUAUGCGACAAUUUACUACCUUCAAUGAUAAGAGAAGGAUAUCAGCUAGGUGAAGGGCACUUUAGUUUUCUGUCUGAGAAUAGCACACAGUGAUUAGCAUCAGUUUUCUGUUCUCCUAAAAUAUGAAUGUACUCUUAACUGUUGAGAUUGUGCUAAUUUUUGUUUUGUUUCACCUACAAACCAUAAGUGAUAUA